GGCAGGAGCGCUCGGAAAAGAAGGCGAAAUUGUACUGAAACUAGCUACGCCAGAAAGCAUCUGCAUUCUUGCCAUGUCUGUGCUAGGCUUUUACAGGGAGAUAGGUAUGGAAAUGGCUCCUUUUGUGAAGCAAAUUGCCUCCCGUGGGCAGGAAGUAGAAGUUUAACAUCUUCCAUUUAAGUCCCCAGAGGCAUCCUCAGCUGUUCUUGUUGGGCUGUGCGGUUCUUUAGGACUCCUCCUCCUCCUUCCCCUCUUUCAGCAGCCACAGCCCCUGGAUAGCCGCAGCCAUCUGCCAGUGCCUCUGGAGAUCGCUAUCCCUCAGGUCCGGGGAUGGAGAUUUCCCGCAGGUCCCUAGCCCCUCUUCGAGGAGCUUGUGUCAGGACACACUUCUUGGUGCGAGAACUAUACGGACAGCCUGAAAUGCUGUAAGCAGGUUGGGAAGCAAGGAGAAUUCCCUUCAUCUUUCAGCCACUGCUUCUCUUGCCUCCAACUCUACUGUUCAAGAGCUUGCAUGAAAACACCAAUCACACUUUCAAAAGGGUACAGAAGGGUCUCCUUCUGUAGGGGAACAGCAGAGCAAUAUGAGAAGUAGAGCAACAAAACAACACGGAUGGAUUUUUCAGAAAUCCCAAUAUAAUCCAUUUGGAAUCAAACUGUCAGCUUCACCUAAGCGUUGAGGGGUGGGGGUCAUUCCUAUGCCUGCCCAUGCCUGCAAGAGGGUGCAGCAUGUCUUUACUUUGUGGUGUUAACCUCAUGAUGGUACAGUCACCUCUGCUGCCUUUCCUGGCUUAAUUUGUGUUAACUACCAUGUUUGUAACCACAGGGAAAGUGAUUAUUUUCAAAGGAGGUGAAGAGUGGCUCCUGGAUGAUGGGAAGGAAAAACGUCCUCUCUGGGCUGGGACUCGAGGGAAAGAGGCCAGUCUGCUCCUGCAGAAAGAGGAGCCGGGGCCUGCUGAAUUAUUUAUGGUGCGUAACAGCCAUCAGCUUGCAGAGAAGGAGAAGCACCAUCUUCAGUCUCAGCUGUGGAUGGAGGUCAUCAGCUGCAAGAGGAAUGUAACCGGAGCUCUCGUGCCCUGGUGUACGGCUGUUUGGCACAGCAGUACAAGCACUCAGCUCUCCCUGACACAGGCCCUUCCUCUGUAGAAUUGAAUCCCAUUCUGCUCCUUUUGGAGGCAAAAAUUCCCUCUUAGGGCAGGCGUGCAGGAAGUGGCUGUGCACCCAUGGAGGACCUGCUCUGGCCUGCUUUGUAUGGGACACCUGGUGCUGUGCACUGGAACUGGCACCACGCCUUCACAGGGUGUUUUCACACAUCGUCUUUGAGCUUCUUCCUCUUAUUUAAUGAUUGAUUCAAUUACCUUAUUGCUGGAGCAGCCCUACUUAAUCAGUAAGCAUUUAUUUCUGUAUUUCCAGCUUCUCCUAACAAAGAGUUCAUGAGUAAGCACGUAUAAUCCAUAGUGGCAUAACAAACAUCCUGCAAGGCUGCUUGCUUUGGCUUGCAGCUAUCCUGAAAGGCCUCUGGCAUUCCCCUGUAGCUGACCCAGGCUGCACCAGGGCACCAUGUUUAUUGCUUUGUUGAUAAAGUGCAAGCAACAGGGUGAGAUUGCCUGUGGCCUUCUCACAUGCCUUGUCUCAGCCUUAGUUUGCACUUGAGCGAGGUUACAAGUAACAGUGGCCCCAGCUGAUUGCAGAGCAGGCAUUAGGGCCCGGUGUUCCCCUCUUCUCCACAUCCAUCUCAUGCUUCAUAAAUUUGGCUCAGUCCAUUUAGAGUUGUGGGAGAGUAAUAGGGUUGUUGCACAGAAUUGGGGGAAGGGGGAUAACUUUCUGCUGGAACCUUCAACUGCGGUAGAUUUUGGGUUGACCACUUUCCUUGAUCUCAGUGCCAUUUCCUCAGAAAAAUCUGUCAGCAUUUGGGGCAGUAGGAAUAAGGGGAAAAUGUCAGUCUUUAAACACCAGGAUAGAGCAUUUCUGUAUGUAGACAACUGAUGCCUGGCAGAGCAUGUCCUUUGGUUCAGAUUUACUAUGUGGUCAGCCAGCCUAUUAACCUCUGAAAAGUCAGUAGUUGUAAACAUGUCAGAAGAUGUUUGAGGGGUUUUGGAAUGUUAAAAAUCUCUCCUCAGGGAGUAUGAUCCCAGCCUCUCUUGUUAUGGAUUUUUUCUGGGUGAUUUUGGUUAAAUAAGACAGCUUCCAGAGUGAAACUUGAGAGGGAAUACAGUCAAGUAGUGAGGAAAAAUGAGGAAAGCUUAGUAAAUUAAUUACCUGACAGCUCUCUCCUGAAUACAAGCUUUAGGCUGUCUGCAAAGCAGGGAACAAGGAUACCAUUUUUAGGUGCACUUUAUCCUUCCCUGUAAUGCUGCUGAAGCAUGCUUCAGAAUCAGAAUUUUGCAAAAUUUUCUGUAAGAAAAUCUUUGGGUUUUGUUCAAACUUAAAUGGGAAAAAGAAGGGCUGGAGUGCUCCAUUUUCUUAUUGGCCCAUGUAGGACUUGCUGUUGGCCAGUUGCCACUGUCCCUCUGGGCACAAUUACCUGGUUGUGACAAGGGGACCUGGUAUGACUUCCAGAGGAUGCCAGCACUGGCAUAUCUUCUUUUCCCACACAGCCCAUGGGACUGGAACUGCUGAUGUGCUUUACAACAGAAGGUCUCAGUUCAGGUUCAGCCGUUUGACCGGGCAGCGCCUGCAGCAGGUCAUAGGAGGGCUCUGGGGAUGGGUGGAUAAAGGGGUGUGACACAGCAUCUGGGGGAAACUGGCAGCGCAUAAACAGGUCCAGUCUGAUUUCUGCCCUUCUGUACUGCAGUGCCCAUGUCCCCUAACAUAAGACAGGGCAAUAAUGUUGCAGAACUUUAACCCCUCUUCUAUUAAGAAAGAGAUUAUAAACCAAACAAUGGUAAUAAACACUCCAGCAGUUUACAAUGCUUCAGCAGAUGGACCUAUUUACCAUCUAUAAUUACCUUUUUACAAGAAGGAGAUAAUGCAUUAUCCGUUAACCUGCAGUACUUUGUCACACUACAUAUAGCUUUUUUUUAGUAAGAACACAGAUAAUUUGUUUUAUUGCUGAAAUGCUUUGCUCAGACGACCUCAAAUUCAGAUCAUCAGGUUUUCUAGACAGAAGUUUUACAGAAAGCUAGAAGAAAUGUACAGAGUGCAGAAGAGUUUAAAUGGGGAGUGCUGAUUCUGAGUUUGGCUGGUAACACCACUGACCUAGCACUCCCAUCCUUAUAAAAGAGCGGAUCAGCCCAUUGGAUUUGCACACACACGUCAGUUGCAUCUGUAGGAAAAGUAAUUCAAAACCUUCUCUUCCCCACCUCCUGCUGCUUCUUGGAGCUGAUGUACGUUAAAUAUUAACAACCUUUGUUCAUCGGUUCCCUGCUUCACUUUUUAACAGCAGAUGUUAUUACACCAAGCCAUCUCCCUUCUCUUCCUGCUCAUCAGCAGCAUCCUGUGAAACCCAAGAGCCUGCUGUUGUAACCCUGCCUACAGCACCUGCCACUGCUCCCUGGCAUUGCCAAUGCUGCCUGCCUUCGACAUCCACAAGUGGCUUGUGCUGUGAGCCAGGAGUUGCGGGGUGACACUGCUUACAAGACGGAGGAGAGCAGCCAGGAACAAGGAGGAGGAAGUGGUGAGGAUGGCCAACAACUCCAGUGCAUUGCCCCGGGUGACUUUCCAGACUCCAGAGAAACCUGGGGAAGAAUCGUCACACAGAAAACUGGGCAAGCUAACCAUAAAGUACAACCGCAAAGACCUGCAGCGUUGGCUAGACCUGGAGGAGUGGAUCAAUGCCCAGCUGCAGGAGCUGUAUCAGUACCCGCUAAGAGAGAAAACGGAUGCAGAAGUUCCUGGACCAGUAAUUGACCUUGAAGAUCUCCUGGAAGUCCCCAAUGAAGAACAGAAAUUGAAACUACAGGAAAUCCUCCAUGAGUGCUCCAGUCCAACAGAGGACUUCAUUACGGAAUUGCUCAGUCGAUUGAAAGGUCUCCGGAGAAUCACCAAUCCUCAGAAGAGGUUACCUCACCCAUAAGGGACAUCUAGCUUUGGUCACAAGGAAAAAUGCAUCUUUCCCAUAAAAAAAACAGAUCAGCAAGAUCACUUCAGAAUACAUUUAGGAUUUACUGUUAUUAAGGAACUUCACUGAGUUCGUGAAAUUUGUACCAGUGGCUUCAAGUCUCCACUCCUUCCAGAUCUACGUGCACAGCAGGAGGCUAAGCUGUAUGUUUUCCUGAUUCUCAAAGGGCAUUUUAACCUGGAGAAUGGGGCAAGAUGUCCUUCCUUUCGUUUCUUCUAGGAAUUUCCAAGCUGGCUUGGGAGCAACGAAUACAGUUCUCAGAAGCACAUAAAAACUUCCUUCUUUCCUUCCACUGCAAGGAAAAC